ACAGUGGUCCGGCUUCUCGGUUGGUCAUCAACGAUGCACGCAUUCCUUCAGGUCCGCGCCUGUCUCCUUUGGAGACGUCAAGAGAACACAGAUCCUCCGACCUUAGUAGAGGCUCUCGGCAAGCGCCUUCCAGUUCUGCGCCUCACUCGAACUCUCAGAUAGAUUCCCACGCUCAUCAUGAGUCUAGGGACAAACGAGACAAAGAUCAUAUGGAUGUUGAUGACCCUCCUCCAGCUAGUCUCGCCAAGUCCAAUGAACCUUCUCGACAGCUUGCGACCAGUCAGCGCUAUCGAGAGGAUCGCGAUGGCUCUGCCCCUAAACGCCCUCGGGCGAUGAUGGACGAUACUGAGACGUCCGCACGACGGAGAUCUCCAGAUCGCCCAUGGAAAGAGCCCUAUCGCCCAUCACAUGACGAUGUGUCUCGAGGGCGGGACGAGCCUCGUGCUCGUGCUGAACCAUCGACUCGGACUUCUCGCGAAACUACCCGUCGUCAGGUUGAUAUGUCAAGGCCGCCUCCUAGUGCUCCAACGCCGAAGCUCUCUGGAACAAACAGCAUGCCAAUUGGUGGUCGGAGCAAUCGUUUUGCCGGUUCUGCGUCAAUCUCACCGCAUCCGCCGCCGCCGCCAUCUGCGCCUUUCCCGCCGUCGGUCACUUCCGCUUCACGGCGAGGCACCCAUGUAUCUGGAAGUCAUGCGCAACUUGUGGUUUCCCGCCCAGUCCGUCCACCUACUGGUGCCAAGGAGAGCCAUGAGCGACCGCCCCAUCUGGAUGAUGUCCGUGACAGAGAGCGUUCAACCCAAAUUCCCGCUGAACCACGUCGGCAAAACGAGCGCGUGGUCUCACCUCACCUUCCACGCAAGCCUCUGGAUAUGCCUGAUGCACCUGUGAAUGUGCCUAUCAACACUGAUUUACAAUCACGAUCAGGCGGACGCCCGUCAAGAACUCGCUUUGGACCUCCGGUUGCUCGAGUUGAGGAGAAACUAGAUCCCACUAACAGACGUGGACAGACACCUGAGAGUCCGCAGUCCCACCAUUAUGACGAUCGCGCCACCCCUCCUCCACUUUCCAGGGACUCUUCCAUGACGUCGCUUCGCGAUGGUGCUCAUCCGUCACAACAAUCGAAGCAUCAUGGGGAAAUCUCCCCUCGCGAUCAUCGGCUGCCUGAACCUCGGUCGCAUGCCCCUGAGAGAAAUGAGGAAAAAGAUCUGCCUGAUCACCCGCGUAGCAGCGGUCGCAAAGAUCAUUAUGACCAUGGUCCCUCUUCACUGGAUCAUACUACAGAAAGGCGUGCAGACGAAUCUCAGUGGUCUAGAUCACGAGAUUUGCCUCCCCGCGACUCGCCUCCCCGCGACUCCUCGCGCCAACAUGCCGAUGUGGUGUCCUUACCCUCCGGUCAGCAUGCUGCAAACGGAGAAGGGUCGCAGGUCCAGCAAUCGCUUCCGCUUGCUAUGCAUCCAGAGCGUGCAAGACUCCUGCAGCACGGUACCCUUCCCCACUCUCUGCCUCCUCGCCCUGAGACAGAACCAAGACGUCCACGUUCAACUCGUCCCCGUCAUGACUCUACGCCUUGGGCAUCCUCUGGUUCACGCUCCAACCAGCCUUUCGAGGAUAUUCACUUCACUGGUGACCGCCUCGAUCGAUCUUCUAGCAACCGCGGAAACUCUCUCAUCGAUCGAUUGGCUGUCGAUGGCGGACCUCCAUCCUUUUCCUUGAGAGAUCGCGUGAAGGUGCCUAUGAAGCGACCUUUGGAUGACAUGACUCCGAAUGAAGCGGCGAUGGAUAUAGACGAUGGGUAUGAAGCCAAGCGGAGCAGGAGGCGAGGAGGGAAGCCUAAGAAGCCGAGGCGUGUGGUAUAAUAUCCUAGUAUCAGUAUCCGAUUUUAUUCUUUUUGUUCAACCUCUUGGGUCUGCUUUCGGUGAUGCAUCUUCCAUUGGACAAAGUAUUAGCAGUACAAUUUCAUCUUGUCAUGUCUUCUAGUGAUUAUGGUUAAUCAUCUUUUGGUUCUGUGUCUUUUGCAAGCUAUCCUCUAGAUAUGAGAUGCGUGCUAGUUGGUCAAUAUGAAGCUUUUACGUACCUGUACAAAUUUGUCGUGCUCCC